GUGGAAUGGUUGAAAAAUGAAGACACAAUUGAUCCUGUUGAAGAUCGGAAUUUUUAUAUUACAAUUGAUCACAACCUCAUCAUAAAGCAGGCACGCCUCUCUGAUACUGCAAAUUAUACCUGUGUUGCCAAAAACAUUGUUGCCAGGAGGAAAAGCACAACUGCCACUGUCAUAGUCUAUGUGAAUGGUGGCUGGUCCACCUGGACAGAGUGGUCUGUGUGUAAUAGCCGCUGUGGACGAGGCUACCAGAAACGUACUAGGACUUGCACCAACCCAGCACCACUCAAUGGCGGUGCCUUCUGCGAAGGGCAGAGUGUGCAGAAAAUAGCCUGUACUACAUUGUGCCCAGUGGACGGCAGGUGGACCUCAUGGAGCAAGUGGUCUACUUGUGGGACCGAGUGCACCCAUUGGCGCAGGAGAGAGUGCACGGCGCCAGCUCCGAAGAACGGAGGCAAGGACUGCGAUGGCCUCGUUUUGCAAUCCAAGAACUGCACUGAUGGACUUUGCAUGCAGAGUUUCAUUUAUCCUAUUUCAACUGAACAGAGAACCCAGAAUGAAUAUGGAUUUUCUUCUGCUCCUGAUUCAGAUGACGUUGCUCUCUAUGUUGGGAUUGUGAUCGCAGUGAUUGUUUGCCUGGCGAUCUCCGUAGUUGUGGCCCUGUUUGUUUAUCGUAAGAAUCACCGUGACUUUGAGUCUGAUAUUAUUGACUCUUCAGCACUCAAUGGGGGCUUUCAGCCCGUGAACAUCAAGGCAGCAAGACAAGAUCGUCUGGUGGUACCCCCAGAUCUCACAUCAGCUGCAGCCAUGUACAGAGGCCCUGUCUACGCCCUGCAUGACGUCUCAGAUAAAAUCCCAAUGACCAACUCUCCAAUUCUGGAUCCACUGCCCAACCUGAAAAUCAAGGUGUAUAAUACCUCAGGCGCUGUCACCCCCCAAGAUGACCUCUCUGAAUUCACAUCCAAGCUGUCCCCUCAGAUGACCCAGUCCUUGCUGGAGAAUGAAGCUCUCAACCUGAAGAAUCAGAGUCUGGCCAGGCAGACUGAUCCAUCCUGUACUGCAUUUGGCACCUUCAACUCCCUUGGGGGCCACCUUAUUGUUCCCAAUUCAGGAGUGAGUUUGCUGAUUCCUGCUGGGGCCAUUCCCCAAGGGAGAGUCUACGAAAUGUAUGUGACUGUACACAGGAAAGAAAAUAUGAGGCCACCCAUGGAAGACUCUCAAACACUCUUGACUCCGGUGGUAAGCUGUGGGCCCCCAGGAGCUCUGCUGACCCGUCCUGUCAUUCUCACCAUGCAUCACUGUGCAGAUCCCAAUACUGAGGACUGGAAAAUCCUGCUCAAGAACCAGACAGCACAGGGACAGUGGGAGGACGUGGUGGUGGUCGGAGAAGAAAACUUCACAACCCCCUGCUACAUUCAGCUGGAUGCAGAGGCCUGCCACAUCCUCACAGAGAACCUUAGCACCUACACCCUGGUCGGGCAUUCCGUCUCUAAGGCGGCCGCGAAACGUCUGAAACUAGCCAUCUUUGGGCCCCUCUGUUGUUCCUCCCUGGAGUACAGCAUCCGAGUCUACUGUCUGGAUGACACCCAGGAUGCCCUGAAGGAAGUUUUACAUCUUGAGAAACAGAUGGGAGGACAACUUCUGGAAGAACCUAAGGCUCUUCAUUUUAAAGGCAGUACCCACAACCUGCGUCUGUCAAUUCAUGACGUCAUCCAUUCUCUCUGGAAGAGCAAAUUGCUGGCUAAAUAUCAGGAAAUUCCUUUUUACCAUAUCUGGAGUGGCUCUCAAAGAAACCUGCACUGCACCUUCACUCUGGAAAGAUUUAGCCUAAACACAGUGGAGCUGGUUUGCAAGCUCUGUGUACGGCAGGUGGAAGGAGAGGGGCAGAUCUUCCAGCUAAACUGCACCGUGUUGGAGGAACCUACUGGCAUUGAUUUGCCGCUGCUGGAUCCCGCGAGCACCAUCACCACUGUCACAGGGCCCAGUGCUUUCAGCAUCCCCCUCCCCAUCCGGCAGAAGCUCUGUAGCAGCCUGGAUGCCCCACAGACAAGAGGCCAUGACUGGAGGAUGCUGGCCCAUAAGCUAAACCUGGACAGGUACUUGAACUACUUUGCCACAAAAUCCAGCCCAACUGGUGUCAUUCUGGAUCUCUGGGAAGCACAGAACUUCCCGGAUGGAAACCUGAGCAUGCUGGCAGCUGUUCUGGAAGAAAUGGGAAGACAUGAAACAGUAGUCUCUUUGGCAGCAGAAGGGCAGUACUGACCGUGCUGGAACUGGAGAUGAAGGACGAAAACGAACAGGGAGUCUGUGACCGUCCAGGGGAGUCACAGCUGAGGAGGAAAUCCAGACUAGACCCAUGAGCUCCACAGGCAAAAUGGCAGCAGGAGACAGAAGGAAAACAGAGACAACUACCGAUAUACAUGCCCGCUGUACUCAGACAUCAUCACAGGAGUCAAGAAAAAUCAUGUAAAUUUAUACCUUGAAUUUAGAUAUCAACCUAAUUUUCCUCUUAGUUGGGCUGUAUGCUGUGUGGUACAGGAUCUUACAGUUUCCUAGGAAACGCUUUUUAUUGCUAUCCAGAUACAUGGAUAAACUUUCUUAACAAACCCAAUUUCUACAAAUGUUGUUUACAUCAAAUUGGACAGGGAUGCAGACACUGUCCAUGGCUUGUUCUAUUUUUGUUCAGAUCAUUUGAAGUUGAAGCUGUGGACGGCUUGUUGUGUCUAUUUCAGAUUAGUAAUUUAGAGAGAAAUCACAGACUUUUGCUACAAAUCGUGUGCAUCAAGUGUCUCAAAUAAUUCUGCCAUCAGUGUUUUGUUUCUAGAACUUGUAAGAACCAGUGUUACUGUCCAUAUCAGGGAAGUGGAGAAUCUAAGUGUAAAAAAGAAAUAACGAAGACUCCUCCUCCUUGGAGGGACCCUGCUGGUGCCCUUUGGGAAUAAAACUGAAGCAUUGCA